UCGGGGAGGGGAUUGUAAGGCUAGUGUCGCUGCCGGAUCCUAGGCUGCCUGAGGGGCACAGAGACUCGGUGGGAGGGGUCGAGGGAGGUGGCAGAAGCAUGGCGGCCGGGUACGGGCCGCACAACCCUCCUCGUCCCCGUUGCCGCCGCCGUCGCCACCGGAGUCGCUGGGACGCCCUCGCCUUCGAGUGUUAGUUGGGAGCCCUCCGCCCUGCGCUCCGCCUGCCCUCCUUCAUUUCGCCGCCGCGGGUCGGAUCGGCGGGAGCUUCCCCCGCCCUUCCCGCCCGCUUGCGGGGCCGGACCAUGGAGGACGUGAAGCUGGAGUUCCCCUCGCUCCCACAGUGCAAGGACGACGCUGAGGAGUGGACCUACCCUAUGAGGCGAGAGAUGCAGGAAAUUUUACCUGGAUUAUUCCUAGGCCCAUAUUCUUCUGCUAUGAAAAGCAAGUUACCUAUACUACAGAAACAUGGAAUAACUCAUAUAAUUUGCAUACGACAAAAUAUUGAAGCAAACUUCAUCAAACCAAAUUUUCAGCAGUUAUUUAGAUAUUUAGUCUUGGAUAUUGCAGAUAAUCCAGUGGAAAAUAUAAUACGUUUUUUCCCUAUGACUAAGGAAUUUAUAGAUGGCAGCUUACAAACUGGAGGAAAAGUUCUUGUCCAUGGAAAUGCAGGAAUCUCCAGAAGUGCUGCCUUUGUAAUUGCAUACAUUAUGGAAACAUUUGGGAUGAAAUACAGAGAUGCAUUUGCUUACGUGCAAGAAAGAAGAUUUUGUAUUAAUCCUAAUGCUGGAUUUGUCCAUCAACUUCAGGAAUAUGAAGCCAUCUACCUUGCAAAAUUAACAAUACAGAUGAUGUCGCCACUCCAGAUAGAAAGGUCCUUAUCUGUUCAUUCUGGUACGACAGGCAGUUUGAAGAGAACACAUGAAGAGGAGGAUGAUUUUGGAAACAUGCAGGUGGCAGCUGCCCAGAAUGGCUGACUCAAGAGUAAAAAGUGUGAAUUUCUGUUUGAAAGAGAAAAUACUAAGGAUGAUGAUACUGUAAAGUGGUGUAAACACAAGUAGUUUCUUUUCAGUUACAUGCUGCCUCCAAACAUGUUUCUCUGCAAAAACUUGUUAAGCAACAUUUUAAGAAGAUGUUGGACUUCUGCAGUAGAUGGCACUGGUGGUUUUACUCAUUUUUUUCCUUCUUAACUUUACAGUUUUAUUAUAAACUAAGAAUUUUGGACUUGCAAAGAGUUAUUAUUGCAAUAAUGCACUUUUCAUACUUGAAAUUUAUUUGUAUGAUAUAAAGUUAUUACUUUAAACAAAAUCAAGUUAGGGGGGAUUUGUUUAUCAAUUUUGGGUAAUUUAUAACAAAAGAAUUUCCUAAGGUUUGCUAUAAAUUCAUUUUGUGUUCUAUAUAUUACAUUUAGAAAAUAAUUUUAGUUACAUUUUAUGAUGGAAACCAAUAUAACAAGUGCAGGAAUCUACCACUUUCUUAGGAUAAGUCAAUAAAUUAAUGACCAAUUUUUUAAACUUUUUGACCCCUUGUUAAUCAGCUAUCCUUAUUCUACUUAAUCCAAUUAAUGCUUCCUGUUACCUUAAUUGGCUUAUUCUUAAAGGGGGGGGAUUUAAUGAUCAAAGAAAGAUGUAUUGCUUUAUGGUACCAGAUGUUCAAAAUCAAAGGUAACAUUAAGAUUUUCAAGUAACUUUCCUAAUUUCUUUUUUCUUUCAAAGUGCAUAAACUUCUGGAUUUUUGAGACAAGGUCUUGCUAAGUAGUCCAGGCUGGCCUCCCAAUUUAUGAUCCUUCUGCCUCAGCCACCCAAGUGUUGGGAUUGCAGGCCAGAAGUGCAUAAAUCUCGAUACUGAGUUCUUAAACAGCGUAUCGUCCUCAAAAUAGGACAGCCAGCUUGCUGUGUUUCCUGUUGUCAUCUCAGAAAUUUGCCCCACUGCGAAGAAGAGGCUCUCUGCAGUCCCCCAUUUGUCCAGCGGUGGCUUUCACCAGCACGGCACCACUGCUUCAAAUGCAUCCGGUCCCACGGGAGGAUCUGCUGCCCUCUUUCUGAUGAGCUCAGCGUCCUUGCAGCCCUGGUGAUCGGGUUCUUCCUGGGACACCCACAGCUUCCUGAAGAGGCUGCAGCUUUUGGACAGGGAGCCAGUGGCCAGAAAUAUCGUUAAUGAGUCUGUGAGCUGUGGAGUAGCAGAGGGUGCUCCAGCUCCUCCCAGAAGCUUCGCAGUGUAGGGGUGACCUUCCUGGAGGGUCCUUGUCUUCAGCUUCUCCUCAAUGCCUCUGAAAUGUCCCCCAUGUUGGUCAUCUUGGAAAGGAUAUCUGCUGACUAGUUGCUCCAUAAAGCGUGGCCAGACAGAGCCAUCUCCAAGGGAGACCAUGUAUGCGAUGGUGGCUAUGUGCAGACUUCACUUGCCCUCCGUGGUCCCAGAGAACUGCACAUCAAGGAUGUUAGGAACUGCAGUUUCCAGGUGGCUGAACAAUGUGUCAGACCCGGCAGUGACUUCCAGGAGCUGGCGCUGGUUCCCAGAGAAAAGUGGAAGCACCAGCUGGGCUUGGCUGUGAAGCCAGAGGGCAGCCCCAGCGGGAAACACUCGCACUGCCCUCGGAGAUCCCCUUAACCAGGGUUUCACCUGAGGUCAAGAUGGAGCAGCCCGCACAGGAGCCUUCGCUUGUCCCCACCGUCCUCCUCCACUGAGCUACAUUCUCAUUUUCGUUGGUUUUUGAACAGGGUCUAAGUUGCCCAGCCUGGGCUCAGCAGAUCUUGGAAUCCUCUCUGCUUCAGCCUUCUGGGUGCUGGGAUUACAGGCCUGCCUGAGCCCAGUGUCCCGCUGUCUCACUAGCUAUGGGUGAUGGUUUCCACUGCAGGACUCCAGAAAUCAGAGGCUGCCCCACUGGACCGCAGCCUGGAGCAGCCCACCUCCAGGGUCUCCCCGGGCCCAGUACCUCCUCCGUGUGGCCCGUGUGCGCUCGCUGUGUGCUGUUUUGAAGCCAAAUGUAUUUGUUCUUUAGUGCUGCCUAGCUGUUAAAUUUUUGUUUUUCUAAAUGAAGCUCCCCCACCCCCACCAAAAAAGUGCCUUGCAUCACUUAAAAAAAGUUAGAUCCUCAUUGACCUCUAAACUAGUAAGUAGGCCAAUGAAAAGCUCUUCACAUUUUUUGUAACUGCUGUUGUUUUUAAACUUAGUUUAAAGUGAACCUUGAAGAAGCAUUACUAAAUUAUUUGGAAUGUGGAGCAUUUACUUUUUCACAUUGUCUUGUUUCUGUGAACUUGUUCCAACUCAGAUGCUUUUCUUUAAAAAUGAAGAUGAAUAUUGGGAAAAAUGAUUUGUGCAUGUAUUCUGUGUAUUUUAGUGUUUUAAUCAGUUCUUUACAUUGAAUUCAAACUUCCUGCAUAAUUUGCGUUAGCAAAGUCACUUUUAUAGAUCUUUGUCUGCUUACAAGUCACUUUUAAAAAAACUGCUGUUAUUUUGAAUAUGUGUGGGAAAAGGAGUUCCAUAGUUGACCUUUGGGCAGCACAAAGAAAACUCUCCACCUCACUCCUCGGUCCUCUCGAGGCGCUUCAGAUUUCUCCUUACUGAUGGAACAGUGUCCUAUCUUUCUGAGUCCACCUUACAAGGCAAUGUGCUACACCAGUUACCGGCUCACUUUCCUCCCUGAGAUGUAAUGAUACAGGAAAAGCUGUUACCUAGCAUAAUGGAAAAGGGAAAAUUAAAAUGAAUGUUAACUUUUCAGGCCAGGGAUAUGGCUGGGCAGGGUAGCGCUUGCCUGGAAAGCUCAAGGCCAUGAGUUCAAUUCCGAGUACCAAAAAAAAAUUUACUUUUCUUAACCCAUGUGAUAUUUCUGAUCUCAUUUCCACCCCUUCUCCUAUUUUGCCACCCUGAAAACAACAGAUCAACCCAUGGGGGGUCGUCCUUGUACUGUGUGAUUGGGUCAUCUUUGUAGUCCAGUGGAAUCCAGAUUGCACUGGCUGUUCAAAAUUCUAGUUGGUAAAAACCUACUGGAUGCCAUGGCUUUUUGUAUAUAUGUCAUUCCUGGGUAGUUCAAUGAAGAUACCUCUUGCAGUAUAAUAACCAACCUGUGAUACUUCAUGCAGCAUAAACUCUGCUUGAAAUAAUUUUCAUGAAAGUAAAUUUUACAACUUAGGCAACUGAGUUUUUUAAAUUAGUUUGGUAAAAAAAAGUUUCUAGAAAUAUGCCUGAAAAUACAGAUUUGGUGCCAAUUGCAAUAGGCAUGCCUGUAAUAGCAAUUACUCAGGAGGCUGAGACAAGAGGAUUUCAAGUUUAAGCCCAGCUUGGGCAAUUUAGUGAAACCCUGUCUCAAAAAUAAAAAUCUGGGAAUGUAGCUCAGUGUUAUAUAGAUGCCCUGAACCUAUGUUCAGGGCCUCUAUGUAAACUUUUAAAAAUUAGUUAUUGAAACUAAUUUGUAGCUGGUAAUUUUCCACUUUUUCCAGCCAUUAUCAUUUUUACGUUGUCACUGAAGUGCCUGCCCAGCACUAGAUACUAAAGACAGUUUCUCUUAAACACAAGCAAAAGGAACUGCCAUCAUCUUGAGUACAGUAGUAGUGAAUGUGGACACAACACAGUAUUAUCCUUUCAUAUAAGAAACACUGAUACUUGUUUUUUCUUGGAUCUGUUGGUCCACUUAACGUUAACUAGUUCUUCUGUUAGCUUUUCCUGUUACUUGGUCUCAUUCCUGUGAUUCUUUUAUUUCCAGGGAUGUUUUGUGAUAGUUAACUAUGAUAAACUUAACCAAUCACAAUGUUUUAUUUUCUAGAGUAUUUGACUAAUAGUAUGAGUGACUACCCAGUUUUAACAUUAAAUAUGUACUCUGGGCACAAAAUUUGAAGUGAAAUUGCAUCAAAACAUAGGAAAAUUGCAUUACUAUCCAUUUUGAAAGUAUGAAACAGUACUGCAAAUAUUCAAACUGGAAUGCCAGUUAUUUUCUAAUUUUAACUAAUUGGUUCAUGUUAAUUUCUUACUAGAUGUUUAAACAAUAGUUAGCUGUAUUUGUAUCUAUUCUGCAGUGGAAAUGUUAAAACAUGACAGCUUUUGCUAUCAACUCGCAACUACUCAAUUUGUAGAGCCGAAUAUUCAUUCACUUUGUGGUGGGGGGAUUUUGUGCUUAAUCUGAGUUUAGAAAUAACGUCAGAAAACUUUAAGCAUGUCCUUUUUGAGAAAAUAUAAUGUUUCUUAUUGUCUUAUUGCCAUGGUGAUUCAAGUGAAUUAGAAGUAUUUAACUGCAAUCUUGAAUUGUAAAGUUGAGAUGUAUAUAUCAGGAGCUCAACUUAGUAAAUGAGCAGUUACCUGGUGGUUUUUUUUUUUUUUUUUUAAAUAACUGGUUUAAUCCAUAAUCCCAUAACAAUCACUUCAGAUAGCUUCACUUCAGAAUUUAUCUUUUUCCAUUCAAUACUGCUCUAGUAAGGAAGUAAGUAGGUAAGAGUUUUUUUAUUCAUUAGAAAAAUAAGUUUCUAGGAUCUUUGAAUGCUGGAUUUCCUUUGUUGUUCCUAUCCAUGGCAGCUACAAAACAAAAAAUCACUCAAUAUUUUACAUGUUAAAUACAGGUUUACAUGUAAGCUCUCUUCUCAGUAGAGAGUUACCAUACCUCACAGUUCAAAGUGUAUCUAUAGAUCAGUAACAUUAUACUGACAUGUAAUUGCAAUUUACUAUGCAGCAAAAUGAUUCAAGAGAAUAAUGUACAGUGUCUAUUUACCUUGUAUAGGCAAUUGCUUAUGUUACUCUACUUUUAAUAUUUGUACUUCAGUAAAUGCUUAUGUAUGUAUAGGAAUGUCACAAUGCAAGAUGCUGCUAGCUCAGGCACAAAGUAUUAAAAUUAUUUUGUGAAGAUUGGUGGUUAUAUUAAAACUAUUGUGCCAUUAUACCUCAAA